AUGAAAGACUUUCACCACAUGCUCAGUAGCCAGUUUUUCUGGCCAAAAAUCGUGUUUCUUACACUUCUCAUUUCAGCCAAUGCAUCAUUUAUUCAACGUAGAGUGGAGCAACUAAAGGAGCCCGGGUACUACUGUAAAGGUAGAAGAUACUCAUUCAGCGACGUAGAAAAUGCUCGUGUAACGGCUUGUAACGCAUUCACAUCAACAAGGAAUGAUGCGAGACGGCCUCGUGUUUACAUUAACUCUGCAAAUAACGAAAAUUUGAUAUUUGAAUGGUCCAUUCCUGCAGCUAGAGAUAGAAAAAAUGGUAAAAGAAUAAAUAAUAGUGAAUGGAUCAUCUUCAAUAUCAACUGUGAACUGAAAGAUGUGGUUUAUAUCAACCGUAAAACGAAAAAAUAUGAGAGUUGCGAAAAAAUACCCGAGAUCUUUACAAGUAUGGCUUCUGGCAAGAAGCAAAUCCCUGAGAAACCUUUUGUUCAGUGUGGAUCCUUAUCAUGGGAAAUUGAAGAUAUUCAACAAUCAGCAAUUUGUCGCCUUUACACACCCCAGUUAAAAGUCAUUGGAAUGAAAGACACAUCUAAUCAAAUUGACGGUCCAUGGAAGAAAAUAGUUUUAGGCAAAAAGACAACUAUACACAAUAGACCUCACAAUGUAACCUACCAUAUUAUAUUAAACAAUAAAAAUGAAGUUCGCGGCGCGAUCGUCAGGCACCACAUAAGCCAAAAAUUAACUGUAUUCCCGUAUUUCAUUAAAGAUAAAAUUAAUAGGUUGACUGUAUCAACUACCUGGGAAAAGCGAACAAUCGAUCUCACAUGCUCUUUCGAUACAAAAUUUCUACUUGUUCCCGAAAAUCAAAGACUUAAUCCAUUGAAUCCUCAUAAGCGCAAGACUUUAGCAUAG